AUGGUGGGUGAAGAAGAUUCUUCCGCACGCAAAUCCUCUGCUCAGGUUGAGCAAAGUAACGUGAGUUCGGUGAACUCAACCCCAUAUUUGUUGUUUGCAUCGAACAACCCUGGUGCACUGAUUACUUCAGUGGUGUUCACCGGAGACAAUUACAAUGAGUGGUCUACGGAGCUGAUCAAAGCCUUGAGAACCAAAAGAAAGCUAGGGUUUAUUGAUGGUUGGAUAAGGUCUUCUAUUGAAGCAAAAGUUCGAUCAACAGUCACUUUUAUUUCUGAUUCUCACAAACUUUGGGAGAAUUUGAAGAAACGUUUCUCGGUGGAAAACAAGGGAGGUCAAUCUGUGAUGGACUACUACAGACGUCUUGCUAAGAUGUGGGAGGAGCUAGAUAUGUAUAAGCCUCUUCCUGCUUGCAGUUGCAGUGCGGCUGCAGAAUAUGAGAAAGAAAGAGAUGAAGAAAAGAUUGGUGGGAAGAUCGUUCAACUAACAAAACAGAAACCAGAGGAUCACAAAGCAACAGAGGACGUGGUGCUUCAGGUUCUGAUAGAAAUCGGAGCAAAGGCAAACAAUGUUCAUGCAACUUCCUUUAAUGCUUCCAACUUUCCAGCGUUUACAGAAGAACAAUGGAAUGCUUUGACUCAGAUACUCAAUGAGAAAACUAAAGCAUCCUCCGAUAGGUUGUCGGGUUUUGCUGAUGGAAACAAGACUUUUGCCACACAUGUUGGCGUGUUUCAUCUCUCUAAUAACAUCACACUAUCUAAUGAUCGUUUCUCGAGGACACUGAUUGGAGCAGGUGAAAAGAGAGAUGGGGUUUAUUAUUUCAAGGAUGUAAUGGCUGCUAGGGUACACGUUGCUGAGAAGACUGCUAAAGCAUUUGAUCAGUAUAGAUGGCACCAGAGGCUAGGGCAUCCAGCGUUUUCAGUCUUGAGUUUUUUACCUUUGUCGUUUUCAUCAAAUAAGAAACUUGCGAUCAAGUUCUGGGGUGAAGCAAUCUUUUCAGCCUCUCACCUGAUAAAUAGAACCCCAACGACAGUACUCAACAAUGCGUCUCCAUAUGAGUUGUUGUGUGGUAUGAAGCCUACAUAUGAUCACCUCAGAGUCUUUGGCAGUUUAUGCUUUGUUCACUCCAAAUCAAGAGAUAAAGACAAGUUCGGUUCAAGAAGUAGAAGAUGUGUGUUCGUUGGUUAUCCAUUCAAUCAGAAAGGAUGGAAGGUAUUUGAUUUAGAAACAGAGGAGUUUCUCAUAUCACGGGAUGUCAUAUUUAAAGAAACAGAGUUUCCCUUCUCGUCCAAGCCAUCUGUAUCAUCUACCGAUCAGCCGAUCCUACAGGACAUUGUUGAUGAGGAUUGGGAGAUAAUGCAAGUUACUCCUCCUUUAAUAGACAAGGGGAGUACAGUUCCUUCUGUCACUCAACAAACAAGUAUAUCACCACAAGAACAGUCUGAACCCACGCAACCAGUUACAUCUGUCUCACCAUUAGUUGAGCAAACUACAGUUCAAGAUGUUAUAGAACCAGUACCAGUUGCUCCUAUAUCUUCUCCUCCAGAGAAUAUUGUUUCCAGUGAAACAUUAGGUCAUGGCCAGAGAUCACGCAUUCCUUCUGUUAAGCUCAAAGAUUAUGUUACCUAUAAUGUUGUUCGCCUUGAAGAACCCAAUCUCUCUCUCACUGGCUCUUCAUCAACGUCUUCUACGAACGUUCCAGGUAUGACAUCUUACCCGUUGAAUGCGUAUGUCUCUGACCUAAAUUUUUCAGUCCCCCAUCAAGCAUUCUUAGCAGCUAUGACAGCUGGAGUAGAACCAAAGAGUUACUCUGAAGCAAUCAAAGACAAAGUAUGGCGAGAUGCUAUGAAACGUGAGGUUGUGGCUCAUGAAGAGCUUGGCACUUGGGACUUAGCAACUCUGCCUCCUGGCAAAACAGCCAUUGCUUCAAAAUGGGUUCACCGUACCAAAUAUAAUUCUGAUGGAACAAUUGAACGCCACAAAUCUCGUCUGGUGGGCUGUGGAAAUAGGCAAGUUGGAGGUGAGGAUUAUGAUGAAACAUUUGCGUCAGUUCAAAGGGCUGGGAAGUACAUCAAAUGGACGUUCACAAUGCAUUCUUUCAUGGGGAUCUUGAAGAAGAAGUGUAUAUGCGCCUACCUUAGGGCUUUACUCACUCUGAUCCUCGCAAAGCCUACUCAGACUACUCGCUCUUCACCUACACCAAAUGAUCAAAAGAAGUUCGUGUUCUCAUUUAUGUUGAUGACUUAG